GGCCAGCGCGGCGCCCGGCUGGGCUGCGGGCGGGAUGCGCGCUGGGCUGCGCGCGCGGGGCUAGGGCGCGCCGGGCUCUGCACACCGGCCCCGCUCCGCCGCCGUCACCAUGAAGAAGCAGUUCCACCGCAUGCGCCAGCUGGCCAACCAGACGGUGGGCAGGGCAGAGAAGACAGAAGUUUUAAGUGAAGAUCUUCUUCAGGUGGAGAAGCGGCUGGAACUAGUGAAGCAGGUGUCACAUAGCACACACAAGAAGCUCACUGCGUGUCUCCAAGGCCAGCAAGGGGCAGAGGCGGACAAACGAUCUAAAAAAUUGCCUUUGACAACAUUGGCUCAGUGUUUGAUGGAAGGGUCUGCUAUCCUGGGAGAUGACACUCUUCUUGGGAAAAUGCUCAAACUCUGUGGAGAGACAGAGGACAAGUUGGCUCAGGAACUGAUUCAUUUUGAAUUGCAAGUAGAGAGAGAUGUGAUUGAGCCCCUAUUUUUACUGGCUGAAGUGGAAAUCCCAAAUAUUCAAAAACAGAGGAAGCAUUUAGCAAAGUUGGUGCUGGACAUGGAUUCUUCACGGACAAGGUGGCAACAGACUUCCAAGUCUUCAGGUUUGUCCAGCAGCUUACAGCCUACAGGUGCCAAAGCUGAUGCCCUCAGGGAAGAAAUGGAGGAGGCUGCCAACAGAGUGGAGAUUUGCAGGGACCAACUUUCAGCUGACAUGUACAGCUUUGUGGCCAAAGAAAUUGACUAUGCAAACUACUUUCAGACGCUAAUAGAAGUGCAAGCUGAAUACCACAAGAAAUCAUUGACACUCUUACAAGCAGUGUUGCCUCAGAUAAAAGCACAACAGGAGGCGUGGGUAGAGAAGCCUUCCUUCGGGAAGCCCCUGGAGGAACACCUCUUGAUCAGUGGCCGGGAGAUCGCCUUCCCCAUUGAGGCCUGUGUGACGAUGCUGCUGGAAUGUGGGUUGCAGGAAGAGGGACUUUUCCGAGUAGCUCCAUCUGCCUCCAAGCUAAAGAAGUUGAAAGCUGCUUUGGACUGCUGUGUGUUGGAUGUGCAGGAGUACUCGGCAGACCCCCAUGCCAUUGCAGGCGCUUUGAAAUCUUACCUCCGAGAAUUACCAGAACCACUCAUGACUUUUGAACUUUAUGAUGAGUGGAUUCAGGCUUCUAAUAUCCAGGAGCAAGACAAGAGACUUCAGGCUCUGUGGAAUGCCUGUGAAAAAUUACCCAAGGCUAAUCACAACAACAUCCGAUACUUGAUCAAGUUUUUAUCCAAGCUUUCAGAAUAUCAAGAUGUAAACAAGAUGACUCCCAGUAAUAUUGCAAUUGUGUUAGGACCCAAUCUCUUAUGGCCACAAGCAGAAGGGAACAUCACAGAGAUGAUGACUACAGUCUCCUUGCAGAUUGUUGGGAUUAUUGAGCCCAUCAUCCAGCAUGCAGACUGGUUCUUCCCUGGAGACAUAGAGUUCAACAUCACGGGGAACUAUGGGAGCCCAGUACACGUGAACCACAAUGCCAACUACAGCUCCAUGCCUUCCCCCGACAUGGACCCUGCUGACCGGCGCCAGCCCGAGCAGGCCCGCCGGCCCCUCAGUGUUGCCACAGACAAUAUGAUGCUGGAAUUUUACAAAAAGGAUGGCCUUAGGAAAAUUCAAAGCAUGGGCGUGAGGGUCAUGGACACGUCCUGGGUGGCCCGAAGAGGCUCCUCUGCCGGCCGGAAAGCAGCCUGCGUGCCGCCCCCUGUGCAGCCGCCCGCCCCGCCUGCCGACCCGCCGUCCCUGCCCCAAGGCCCCGCAGAGCCCGCGCUGCCCACGGCCAGCCUGGGCCUCCAGCCCGGGCCCGAGCGGACCAGCACUUCUAAAAGCAAGGAACUUUCUCCAGGAUCUGGCCAAACAGGAAGUUUGGGCUCCAGCCAGGGGACACCCAGUGCAGGGAUGCAACCAGGGACGCAGCCAAGUGCCAAUCCCAGCCUGUCACCUGCAGAUCAGAGCCCACAGACCCUCCGGAAAGUUUCCAAGAAGCUGGCACCAAUUCCACCCAAGGUCCCCUAUGGCCAACCAGGGGCUAUGGCUGACCAGUCCAGCAGCCAGCCUUCCCCACUCAGCCUGUCCCCAACCCCACCCAGCACCCCUUCGCCCUAUGGACUGAGCUACCCUCAGGGGUACUCCCUGGCACCAGGCCCACUCUCCCCCGCUGCAACUCCUUCCCUGGCUUCUCCUUCAGGUUUCACAAGCACUUUAACCAAAUCGCGGCCCACCCCUAAGCCCCGACAGAGACCCACUCUGCCGCCGCCUCAGCCUCCCACGGGAAGCCUCUCCGCCUCUAGCCCACAGUCUGCGGAGCACCCCGUGCUGGAUGGCAUGUCCCCUGUGGAAAGCAUGUCUACAGACCUUGUCCACUUUGAUAUCCCCUCCAUCCACGUAGAGCUUGGGUCAACACUCCGCCUGAGUCCUCUGGAGCACGUGCAGCGACACUCAGUGACGGAGAAGAGAGAUUCAGAGGAAGAGUCUGAGAGCACCGCCCUCUGACCUGGCGCCCCGCCCCAAGGUGUACAUACAGACUCGGCCAAGAGCACCCCUGGGCUCGCCAAGUGUUCUUCGUCGGCUCCUUGCUGUCACUACCAACAUUAGGUUGGAGUUUGUGCAGAAAAUUGCCCUCUCCAGCCUGCGUGGCAUAUGUAGGUGGUGCAGAUUGUUUGUUCCUGUUGGGUGGUAACUUUGGCCAUUUGUUUGAUCUUUGCCUUUUGA